AUGGCAUAUCGUUCUACAGACGAAGUGGCAUACAUCCGCCUGUUAAACGAAUAUUCGGAGCUGAAGAAAGAUCCGGUUCCAGGAAUCAUUGCAAAGCCAUUGAAUGAAAGUUUAUUGUUAUGGGGCUACGUUAUUCGUGGCGCGAAAGAUACUCCAUUUGAUGGUGGUGUGUAUUACGGCGAGUUGGAAUUCAGUAAGAAUUUUCCAUAUAUCCCUCCGCAUGUUCUUAUGUACACGCCGAAUGGACGAUUUGUGCCUGGUGAACGAAUCUGUGUUUCUAUUUCGGCAUUUCAUCCUACAAAUUGGGAUCCGUCAUGGACUGUUGGAACAUUCCUACAUUGUUUCGCCCACUUUAUGAUGUUCGACGAGAAAGGAAUGGGUAUGGGCGCAAUAGGAAGCUCAGCGGAACAAAAACGUGUCUUUGCAAAGCAGUCGAUGUUGUACAAUAAAACAAACAAAAAUUUCAUGAAGACAUUUGGUGAAAAACCUUUUGGUUCAGAGGAUCCAGAAAAUAAAGAUCGAACAAAUACUGCUGUUGAGACAGAUGACGAGGAAGAAAGUGAAUUGUCAAGUUUUUCUGAAUCUGACAGUGAGACAUUUCACAACCUUUUGACAUGGAAAUUCUAG